UUCAAGCACCUUGCACUUUCUCUCCAACCAAACGGUAGGACACAAAAAUGGUGGGGUCCAGACGCAUGCCCCAAAAAGUGAAAAAUAUGCAAAACCCUAAUGCCACAAAAGCCCUACACAUACACCAAACAAGUUUGAAUUGGAACUAAAAACUCUUGAAGAUCUCAACUCAACUCGCCUCAACUCAGCGAAACUGAACUCAGAAGAAAUAUCCGACUCUUCGUCCACAAUGAUCCAAAAACGCACGUCCCAGGCACGUCUAUUUCUAUCUCUGUUUCUCUCUCUAGACUCUCUCUCCCUCUCUUUAGAUUUGGAUUUAUCUAUAAGUUCACAGGCAUUUUUUUAUUUUUUUGAAUUGUGGGUUGUGCUGCAAAGUGAGUUUUGGUUCUAGGGUUUCUGAAAAGUUUUGAUCUUUUGUGACAAUGGCGUUGGAAUCGGAAUCGCAGAAGAAGAGCUACGGCGUUUUUGGCGACGUGUACGGGGUGAUGAUGGUCCCCAAAGAGCUCGAGAUCGAAAAGGAUGCUUCCAUUGAUCAGUUUCGUUUUCAGCUUCCCGAUCUCAAGCAAGCUUUCCAAGAUUUUAUGAGGACCCGAGAAGUUGGGGAAUUUAUAAGCGGGGCUUUAGCAGGGGCCAUGACCAAAGCUGUUCUUGCUCCUCUUGAGACCAUCAGGACAAGAAUGGUGGUGGGCAUUGGGUCGAAAAACAUUUCGGGUAGUUUCUUAGAGGUCAUUGAGCAGCAGGGUUGGCAAGGGCUGUGGGCCGGGAACACAAUUAACAUGCUGCGCAUAAUCCCUACACAGGCAAUAGAGCUUGCAACAUUUGAGUGUGUCAAGCGAUCGAUGACAGAAGCCCAGGAGAAAUGGAGCAAAAAGGAAUGCCCCAAGUUGCAGAUUGGUCCUGUCAGUCUUAACUUAUCUAUCUCGUGGAUCUCCCCCAUUGCCGUGGCGGGUGCAGCUGCUGGAAUUGUUAGCACGCUUGCUUGCCACCCUCUUGAAGUUUUGAAGGAUCGGUUGACUGUUAGUCCAGACAUUUACCCUAGUAUAAGUGUUGCACUGAGCAAGAUUCACAAUGAUGGUGGGAUUGGAGCAUUCUAUGCCGGCAUUUCACCUACACUGAUUGGCAUGCUCCCAUACAGCACGUGCUACUAUUUCAUGUAUGAAACAAUGAAGAAAUCGUACUGCACAGCAAAGAAGAAAACAUCUCUCAGCCGACCCGAGAUGCUCCUGAUUGGAGCUCUCUCAGGUUUUACGGCAAGCACAAUCAGCUUCCCAUUGGAGGUGGCAAGGAAGCGGCUGAUGGUUGGAGCUCUACAGGGCAAGUGUCCACCCCACAUGGCGGCAGCACUGUCAGAAGUUAUUCGGGAGCAGGGAAUCAUGGGUCUCUACAGAGGGUGGGGUGCAAGCUGUUUGAAAGUCAUGCCCUCAUCUGGCAUCACCUGGAUGUUUUAUGAGGCUUGGAAAGAUAUAUUACUUGCGGAGAGACGACAUCUAUAACGACUCUUCUAAGACUGCUACAUUGGUUGGUCCUCAGUUUGUUUGGUAGGCUGAGUACCAGGGCUCGGAGAUGUGCUCGAGCCAGGAUUCUGAAGACGAGAAGCUUAUGCGAGCGGAUUCGGAAGAUGAGAAGCUUAUGUGAAGGAGGCUGACUUCACUGGGAUCAUAAAUUGGGCUCUUUGACCCUUGAGCCCCAUCAAUAACGAAUGAUUUGUACCGACAAAUGUUUUUAAUUUGAGGAAAUAUUAAUACAAGUUUUCAGUUUCUGUUGAAA